UCGGGGCUUACAGGGCGUAGAAGAGGGGCGGGCCGAAACGCUGCAACUCGGACCUCACCUGGUCUUGCUGCAGCAGCUGGAGCACUGGGCUGCGGAGAGUGGGUCCACCUCUGGACGUCGAAUCGUGGUAGUGAGCAGAGGUGGGGAAAGCAAAGACGUAAUGUCAAGUGGAGAUGAUGAGCAAUUACAGGCUCUUGCCAAACCAACUUUCACUGAGGUACAAGCCUCUGCAGUAGUUGAAUCGGUAUUUGGGUUAAAAGUUUCUAAGAUCCAGCCACUUCCCAGUUAUGAUGACCAAAACUUUCACGUUCACAUUUCAAAAAUUAAAGAUACUGCAGAUGGCCCAAUUGAAUAUGUUCUCAAAAUAAGCAACACAGAAGCCAGCAAAAAUCCAGACCUGAUUGAAGUGCAGAAUCACAUCAUCAUGUUUCUGAAAGCAGCUGGAUUUCCAACGGCCUCUGUGUGUCGCACUAAAGGAGACAACACAACCUCUCUUAUGUCUAUAGAUAGUGGCACUGAAAUCAAAAGCUACUUGGUGAGGCUACUGACUUACCUCCCGGGAAAACCUAUUGCUAAGAUUCCUGUCAGCACCCAGCUGUUAUAUGAAAUUGGAAGGCUAGCUGCCAAAUUGGACAAGGCUCUGGAGAAAUUUCAUCACCCAAAGUUAAGUAAUCUUCAUCGGGAGAACUUCAUCUGGAACCUGAAAAACAUUCCUCUUCUGGAGAAAUAUGUGGAUGCCUUGGGCCAGAAUCAAAAUCGGGAGAUUGUUGAGCAGGUCAUUCAGCUGUUCAAGAAAGAAGUAAUGACCAAAUUAAGUCAUUUUCGAGAAUGUAUCAAUCAUGGCGAUCUUAACGACCAUAACAUUUUAGUAGAGUCCAGCAAGUCAGCCUUUGGAGAUGCUGUAUAUCAAGUAUCUGGGAUUUUAGACUUUGGAGACAUGAGCUAUGGCUACUAUGUGUUUGAAGUGGCAAUCACCAUCAUGUACAUGAUGAUUGAAAGCAAGAAUCCUAUACAAGUAGGAGGUCACAUUCUUGCAGGGUUUGAAAGUAUAAUCCCACUGACAGCUGUAGAGAGGAGUGCUUUGUUUUUACUUGUAUGUAGUCGAUUUUGUCAGUCACUUGUCAUGGCUGCAUACUCUUGCCAGCUACACCCAGAGAAUAAAGAGUAUCUCAUGAUUACUGCAAAAACUGGGUGGAAGCAUUUACAGCAAAUGUUUGACAUGGGCCAGAAAGCAGUAGAAGAAAUCUGGUUUGAAACUGCCAAGUCCUAUGAAUCUGGGAUCUCUUUGUGACUACAUAAUUAAAAAUGAAUUGAUCUGUUAAUGAAUUGAUGAAACGGAUCAGUUCACUUUUAACUAUGUGCAUUUGAAGUGUGUGUGUGUGWGWGAGAGAGAGAGAGAGAAAGAGAGAGAGAGAGAGAGACAGAGACAGA